CACUGUGCGCGUCACUUCCGGGCGGCGCGGAACGGAAUUGCCAACGGCCUGCAGAGCGACAUGCCUAAGUUUUAUUGUGACUACUGCGAUACAUACCUCACCCAUGACUCUCCAUCUGUGAGAAAGACACACUGCAGUGGUAGGAAACACAAAGAGAAUGUGAAAGACUACUAUCAGAAAUGGAUGGAAGAGCAGGCUCAGAGCCUGAUUGACAAAACAACCGCUGCAUUCCAACAAGGAAAGAUACCUCCUACUCCAUUCUCUGCUCCUCCUCCUGCAGGGGCAAUGAUUCCACCUCCCCCCAGUCUCCCGGGUCCUCCUCGCCCUGGGAUGAUGCCAGCACCCCACAUGGGGGGCCCUCCCAUGAUGCCAAUGAUGGGCCCUCCUCCUCCAGGGAUGAUGCCAGUGGGACCUGCUCCUGGAAUGAGGCCGCCUAUGGGAGGCCACAUGCCAAUGAUGCCUGGACCCCCAAUGAUGAGACCUCCCGCCCGUCCCAUGAUGGUGCCCACCCGGCCAGGAAUGACUCGACCAGACAGAUAAGGAGAUUGGGGAGCCUCUUUAUAUCAGUUUUAUAUUCCUUCACCAGGAGAUCAUGGUGCUGUGACUUGGGAUGUUUUCUAACAGGAUGACAAGGAAGACUUGCUCCCCUUCCUAUCAAAGAGAGAGUAGUUUUGGAGGGGACUGGUGGGACAAAAAAGCAACUUUCAUUUGUAUUGUGAAAUGUGAAAAUAAAAUGAUCAAUUCUUUUAGUUAAAAA